UCCAAGCCAAGAGAAAAUGAGCCCUAUGUGUUAAAAAACAUCUUCGCUGCCAGACUGGGGAGGUGGUGCUGGGUGGAUGGAAGAGUAAACACGGCCCUGAGAGAUGGAAUGGCUGGCACAAAGUCACACAGGAGCAGUCCCUCAGGCCAGGAGGCUCACUCAUGGGGCUCACCCGAACUUGGGCUGGACACUCCCCUCUGCCACCCUCUUCACACUCAUCCUGCCCAUGGUUAAAGACCCAAAUAUCCUGGCACCUGGAUCUCUUUCACCUCUGAGUCUCUCCUACAGGUUCAUCAUACUCACUGUUGAUUAUCCUGCAGGGCCCCUCACCUUCCCCAGCACUCAAGGGAACUGAACAUUAAACACCUUAAAUAGCUGGCAGAGGACAGGAAGGUGUUGAGUAUUUUGGAAUCCUUGAAAAAGCCUCAUUCUGUCAUCUACCCAUUCUGCAAAGGGUAGGGAUAUGGGCACAAAAGGGAGGACCCAAUGAGGCAUUUCUUCCAUUGAGGACUGAGAUCACAGGGAGACAGGGUGAGGUGUGGUGACGGUAUCCAUGUCUGAAAUGGGGUUUGGGAACUGAGAGAGAGAGUGGGGUACCGCUGACCUCUGACUAGAGCAGGGAAAGUGUGACAUAGCAGCGGGAGUGACAGAGGUUGGCAGGACUUCUUUAUACUCAGGAGCAGGAAGAGAAUGGAGGGCAUGCCCCAGGUCCGCUCAGGUCCUCAAAGGACAUUCCGGUGCAGAGGGAACAGGAAGCUGUGACUUCCUCUCCCCUUUCCCUCCCUGUCCUUGGCCUCAAGGUCACUUUCUGCUGCAAUGAAUUCCAACCUGUGUUUUCCUUGGCACCACUCAGUACCCUGCUCUCUUCUGCCACAAACACCGCCAACUUUUCCUUUGAAAUCAUAUUCAUUCAUGCAAAUAACAGUGUACAAAGUGCUUUUUCAUGUGUUAUCUCAUUUCAUCAUGCCAAUCCUGUGAAGCAGAUAGUUUCAUCUGAAAAUUUAAGCAAGGAAACAGGCUCAGAGGAGUACAGUAAUUGACUCAAAGUCACACAGCUAGUGAGUAGCAGAUCUGGGACUCCAGAUCCUCUGCUCCUUCUGGCUUGCAGACACACAUUCUGGUUCCCUGCCUCUAUGCCCCCUCCCAGGUCUCUUCCCCCAGGCCCUAAGGGAGCACUUUCUGCAGAGAAGGGGGCCCCAGAACACUAUUAGGAACAGACGGGGUUCCCUGAGAUGGGGUAUAUCUGGUCUUCUCCAAUGGGGUGGAGGCUUGGGGCUGCCCUCCAUAGCGGGAUUAAUUCCUCCUCCCCACCUGCAUAGAACACAAUACACGCCCACGUGCUCACGCACACAUGUGCGCACAUGCAUUUAUCUCCAUGUUCCGGCCUGCCGUUGCCCUGCCCCACCCACCAAGACCGACAGGGAAGAGGCAGGCUGUCCCUCCGCAGCCCGCCCCCUGAGGUGUGGGCGUGGGCUGGGGUUCCUGAGAGCCGGAGGCCCCAGAUGCUCAGAUCUAGAGCGUCCUGCUGAGCCUUGGGUGGCCCCCACCAGUCUGGCAGGCACUUGCUGGCCCCUCUGCUCAUCACCACCGACCUUUGAUACUCUGCGAUGCCCACUCCCAAUAACUCUGCCCCCCUGCCUGCUUUCUGGGUCAACGCCUCUGGAGGCAAUGUGCUGAGUGCUGCUGAUGCUACGAUGCCUGUUGGAUUCCUAGCCCUGAGGGUCGUGGUUGCCCUGGCCUAUGGGCUUGUGGGGGCUGUCGGCUUGCUGGGAAAUUUGGCCGUACUGUGGGUGCUGGGUAACUGUGCUCGGCGAGCCCCUUGCCCACCUUCUGACACUUUUGUCUUCAACCUGGCUCUGGCAGACCUGGGGCUGGCACUCACUCUCCCCUUCUGGGCAGCUGAGUCGGCACUGGACUUCCAUUGGCCCUUCGGAGGUGUCCUCUGCAAGAUGGUCCUGACAGCCACUGUCCUCAACAUCUACGCCAGCAUCUUCCUCAUCACGGCGCUGAGUGUUGCCCGAUACUGGUUGGUGGCUAUGGCUGCGGGACCAGGAACCCACCUCUCGCUCUUCUGGGCCCGCGUGGCCACCCUGGCCAUGUGGGUGGCGGCUGCCCUGGUGACGGUGCCCACGGCUGUCUUUGGGGCGGAGGGCGAGGUGUGCGGUGUGCGUCUGUGCCUGCUGCGCUUCCCCAGCAGGCACUGGCUGGGUGCCUACCAGCUGCAGAGGGUGGUGCUGGCCUUCCUGGUGCCGCUGGGCAUCAUCACCACGAGCUACCUGCUGCUGCUGGCCUUCCUGCGGCAGCGGCGGCGGCGGCGGCAGGACUGCAGGGUCGUGGCCCGCUCUGUCCGCAUCCUUCUGGCCUCCUUCUUCCUCUGCUGGUUCCCCAACCAUGUGGUCACUCUCUGGGGUGUCCUGGUGAAGUUUGACGUAGUGCCCUGGGACAGCACUUUCUACACCAUCCACACCUACGUCUUCCCUGUCACCACCUGCCUGGCACACAGCAACAGCUGCCUCAACCCAGUGCUGUACUGUCUCCUAAGGCGGGAGCCCCGGCGGGCCCUGGCAGACACCUUCAGGGAUCUGCGAGCAAGGCUGUGGCCCCAGGGCCAGGGCUGGGUGGAACAGUUGGCCCUAAAGAAGGUGGGCAGGCAGUGGGAAGAGAGCACCCCUCGAGAGAGAGGCCCUUCUACUAUGCUGGCCAACCUGGACAAAGGGACCCCUGGGUGAAGGGUGCAAGCUAAACCCCCCUCCUCCUUCUGGGGGUCUGCCAGGUGCAUGAUCCACGCAUCCUAGGGAGAGAGAGGCUGGCCUCUCUGCCAUGCUGCAACACCCUCAGGGAGAGUCUGAUCUUGGAUCUCUAACUCUGGGU